AUGGGAGCACCUAUUGAGCUGGAAGACGAGAAGAUCUGCAUGCAAGAUCUUCGCAAUCCCGGCGGAGGCGACGAUACACACUCUACUGGUGUUGUUCUUUCGCCAGAGUAUCAUGAGUAUCUGCGUUUGAGUGAGGUAUUCAAGGGCGAUCGACUACAGAAGCUUGUGCGGAAGCUCGAUCUACGCAUAUUACCUCAAUUGAUUUUUAUCUACUUGCUCUCGUAUGUGGAUCGGAGCAAUGUCGGGAAUGCCAAACUAUUCGGUGCCGAAGAAGAUAUGAAUCUUAGCAGUCAGCAGUGGAACACCGGGUUAAGUGUGUUCUUCGUUACCUAUGCACUUGGAGGGACCCCAUCCAACAUCAUCCUGAAACGAGUAGGGCCCAGGAUCUGGCUUCCUGUUCUAUUGACCCUCGUUGGUCUGAUCCUCGUCUGUUCCGGACUGCAAAGUAACUACGCCGGCUGGAUCUCCUUCCGCAUUAUCCUCGGUCUCGUCGAAUCCGGCAUGUUUCCCGGCUGCAGCUACGCCUUGACCGCAUGGUACUCUCCCCAGGAGAUUCAUUCACGCAUGUCCAUCUUCUAUUCUGGUGCCUCUCUCGCCGGUGCAUUCUCCUCCUUGCUAGCCUACGGCAUCGGUCAAUUAGACUACACCUGGGGAUACCGCGGAUGGCGCUUCAUCUACGUGAUCGAAGGCGUCUUCACAUUCUGUGUCGGCCUUACAUCAUUCUUCUUCAUUUACCCGUCCCCCGCCAAAGUCGGGUCCUGGCUCAGCGACGAAGAGCGCCAGUUCCUCCUCCUUCGACAUCGGUACUCCGCCGGUGGUGAAUCCGGUGUUGCCGAAAAGGAGGGCUUCUCGAUGCGUUACGCGAAGCAGUCCUUCCGUUCAUUCCACGUUUACGCCAUCACGGCCAUGGAGCUGACGCUUUGCGUGGUUGUGUACGGUAUUUCGUUCAUCCUGCCCACUAUUAUCGCCAACUUGGGUUACUCGGCUGCUCGAGCCCAGGCGUUGACUGCGCCCCCAUAUGUCUUUGCCUGUGUGGUCACGGUGAUGUUUGGAUACGCGUCCGAUCGGUUCCAACAGCGCAUGAUUUUCGUGCUUUUGCCUAACCUCAUGGCCGCUGUCGGGUGCGCUAUUAUCAUGGCCAGUGUGCGUUACCCUCAUGUCGAGGGCGUCACGAUGUUCGGGUGUUUUCUCAUGGCAGGCGGGCUGUAUCCGAUUCCGCCGGCUGUCACGGCGUGGAUCUCUAUCAACACGGCAGGGUCUAUGAAGAGGUCUGUCAGUAUGGCGUUGAUGAUCUCAAUAGGUCAAUUGGGUGGGAUAAUGGGCUCUAAUAUCUUCAUCGCCAAUGAAGCACCGCAGUACCCGGUUGGCUUUGGGAUCUGCCUGGCUCUGCUGGUAGUAUUUGGGAUCAUAUGGCCGGUCAUUUACUACUUCAUCUUGAAGCGUAUCAACGCUCAACGGGCUGCGGUUCCGAUUGACGAGAUUCAUGCCAAGUACACGGAAGAGCAGUUGGCGGAUAUGGGCGAUGAAAGUCCGAUGUUUCGAUACGCAACAUAG